GUGGAAAAUCGUAAGUAUCUAAUUUAUAAAUUUUAUUUAGUAUACAUGUUUCCAUGUUUCCAUGUUUAUAAUUAACACUUAUUCAAAUUGUUGUUUAGUUUCUCUCCGAGUAGGCCAGCUGCACAGUGUGUAAAACAUGUGAUUCAACAAAUGUAUAAAAAAGCUUGGAAGUCAUUCAAAGAACUUUCCAAGGAUGAGAAAGAUGAAUGGUUUGAUAAAUUUAAGGAAAAGUGUACGUGGAAUGUAAUGGAUGAAUAUAUGAUUAGAAAAAAUUAUCGGGGAAGAACAUCUGUCCGACUUUCUGACAUGCUUAGGCGUGUCAGACUUGAUUGGGAAGAACGAAAUAUUCGUCCCAACUGGAUAGGCAAGGAAGUAUUUGACGAACUUCUUGCCUAUUGGGCUACCGAUAAUUUUAAAGCUAAAUCUCAAAAAGCAAAAGACAUGAGAGCAUCCGAAAGGGGGGGUUGCCUUAAUGCUACAGGAAGUAUAAGCAUUGGAGAACAUGCAAAACGGAUGACUAAGGCACAAGGAAGACCCCCCCGACUUAAUGAGUUGUUUGUGAAGACCCGUACAAAAAAAUCGGGGGAUUUGGUUGAUGAUCGGUCGAGAAGAACUAUAGAGGAGUAUCAAAGAUUGCUCACACAAUUUCUAGUUGAAAAUCCUCAAUAUACACCUGUUGGUUCUAAUCCGCUUGAUCCACGCGUGGAUAUGUAUAUUUGGAGCUUAGUCACUGGAGGGAAGGGACGUAAUGGGUGUUUUUUUGGUGUUGGUCCUUUGGCUGGCAACUACAGAACCGGAGAUAGAACUUUAUUUGAUAGAGUUGCAAGUGGGGAAGGAACGUCCCGUCCAACACAAUUGACACCUGAAAUGAUGGAAACAGUGAGGCAACUGGCUCUAACAGAGGCUAGACGAGAGACGGCGGAGCGUGAGGCGGCGUUAAAGGCCGAAUUAGAGGAAAUGAAAAAAAGACAACACGAUAUGGAGGAGCAAAUGAGACAAUUUAUGCAGUCCAUGAGUAGAAAUCAAAAUCAAAGAACAACUGAAGACGAUGAAGAUGACGACGAAUUUGAUGUCUCAAAGUUUGUACUCAAUGUGUUAUGUGAGAUUGAUUCUGAGGAAGAAUCUGAUUCCGAUUCAGAUUCUGAUGGUGAUUCAGAUUCUGGUGAUCCGAAUUCUGAUGGUGAUUCAGAUUCUGGUGGUAGUCCAGAUUCUGGGAAUAUUCCAGAUUCUGAAGGUGGUCGUGCUUAUGAAGUCGGUACUUCUGGAGUUCCAACAUCUGAUAUUGUUCCAGAAUCAGAAGAUUUUGAACAAGUUCAGAGGCCACAAAGAAUCAGAAAUAUUACGAGAAGAUUUGCAGAGUUUGACAUGCUGCAACAUACUGAAGUAGAUUCUGAAGGGGAAUUUAUUCAGUGUUCCAUGUUUGUAUUCUUUGAACCCGUGAGUACGGAAGAAGCUCUCAAGCAUAAAGUCUAG